AUGUCCUUCACCAAUAUCCCAAUUCUUGAUCUCUCUCUCGCCAGAUCCCCAGCAACUAAACCCGUGUUUUUGGAUCAGCUGCGCCAUGCAUUACUUGAACUGGGAUUCUUAUACCUUAAGAAUAUUGGGAUAGCUCAGGGGCUGAUAGAUAAUGUUGUGGAGGAGGGGGUAAAGUUCUUUGAUAUCCCUUUGGAUGAAAAAACCAAAAUCCAAAUGGUCAACGCCCCCUCAUUCCUAGGCUAUUCCCCCCUCUCCGCUGAAAUAACAGCCCACGCCAUCGAUCAGCGCGAGCAAAUCGAUCUCUCCACACCCCACCCCAUCCCCACCUCCACCGAUCCCCUACACUACAAUCUCCUCGCUCCGAAUCUCUGGCCUUCUCCCUCCUACCUCCCUAAUUUCCGGCCCGUCUUCGAACUAUACAUAUCGCAAAUGGGAGAGAUCUCCAUGUUCUUCACUAGUUUAAUCGCGGAAGCGAUUGGAUUGCCUGCUCAUGCAUUCGAGCGAUAUUUCGACGAGGAUCAACAACAUAAGUUAAAAGUGGUUAAAUAUCCCGAUUUGAAGGAACUGGGGUUAGAGCCCGGACAGGAGGGACAGGGGGUGGGUGCGCAUAAGGAUUCGAUGUUGACGUCGUAUCUACUGCAGGUGGGUGAGAAGAAGGGGUUGCAGGUGCAGAAUUUGAGAGGGGAGUGGAUUGAUUGUCCGCCGGUGGCGGACACGUUGGUGGUAGCUAUUGGACAGGGGAUGGAGGCGCUUACAAAGGGGGUUUGUAUGAGUACGACGCAUCGGGUGCUGAGUCCGGGAUAUGGAGGGGGCCCGAGAUAUAGUGUGCCGUUUUUUCAGGGGGUGAGGGGCAGUACGAGGUUUGAGGAGUUGAAUGAGGUGGGGAUUGGGGAGGUGAGGGAGGAGGUGAGGGAGAUGAGGAGGAAGGUCUUGGAGAGUGUGGGUGGUAGGUUGGAUGAUGUAGAGUUUACUUUUAGAGGAGGCGGGAAGGCGGAGACGCUAGGGGAGGCGACGUUAAGAAAUAGAGUUAAGAGCCAUGUGGAUGUGGGAGAGAAGUGGUAUCCCGAAAUCUUGGCAGACAUAAGAGCAGAGCAGGAAGAGGAACGCAGGCAAAAGAGUCUGCCAGUUACUCCGCCUGCUGAAACAUAA